AUGGAGCAAAUCCGCUACGUAAAGAUACCGACAGUAGAGACACGCACCGAGCCUGACACGCAUGUCGAGUACGCAUUGCAGGUGCAAGGCCCGGUGCGCUCGUGGACAGUCUGGCACCGCUACAACGACUUUGUUGCCUUUGCCUACGACCUGAGCCGCGAAUUCCCCGGCGUCUCGCCGCCUGUCGCCCUGCCACCUAAGACCCUGACCUCGUGGUUCAGCAAGCUGACAGCGCCAGCGCCAGGCAAGGGCGCAUCGAGCCAGCUGGACUUCAUUGAGGAGCGGCGACACGGACUGGAGCGGUUUGUGCAGAGCAUGAUCACGUGCGAGGAUACCCGGUGGCGGAUGUCGCAGAGCCUGCAGAAGUUCUUGGCGCCGGCCGGCAAGAGCGCACGGUACGUGAAGAGCAAGGGCUCGGGCGACGUGGAGGCCGACAGCGGCUGGGUCACAGCAGCGUCGUGGCUGGACGACAUGCGUGGGGCCGAGCAGAUGGUGCGGGAUGUGCGGCAGUGCAUCCUGAAGCGCGAGAACGCGCUGACCCGCAACGAGGUGUCGAUUUCGCACCAGUGCACGCUGCAGGCGAAGCGCAAGCUCGGCGAUCUGGCGAAGGCACUGAAGGAUCUGGAGCGCGGGCUGGAUGCGAUUGGCCCGAGCCUGACUGCGGGCGAGCUACUGCGGCGCCAGGACAUGCUGGCCGGGCUGAGCGAGGAGAAGGUCAACCUGACACGCAUGGUGCUGGGGCCUGGCGUCGUUGUCAGCAGCAGCGACAAGGCGGCUCUGCUGGACGGAGCCUCGGCCGACGCCAAUGGCGGGACCCGGGUACUGGGCAGAGCUGGCAACGCGCCGAAGGAGACGAACGAGACGCGGGGGCUGGACAACCAGGGGCUCCUGCAGCUGCAGGCCGACAGGAUGAAGGAGCAGGAUCUGGUGGUUACGGACUUUAGCCGUCUGCUGCAGCGCCAGCGCGAGAUGGGCAUAGCGAUCGGCAGCGAGCUUGAUCUGCAGAACCAGCUGCUGUCAGAGCUGGACCAGGACCUAGAUCGGACCGGAAACAAGCUCGCGACGGCGCGGCGGCAGGCCAGCCAGCUCAAAUAG